AUGGCGGCGCACGGCGAUGUUGAUGGUUGUAACGGAGUACAAUUAGACAGUGAAUGCGAGGAAGAUGUCAUUACCAGACAUAAACGGGAAAAGAAGGAGUUACAAGCCAAAAUAUUAAAGCUGAAGCACAGUGUCACCAAAGGCGACAAGAAGAAAAAGAAAGAGGUGGCAGAUGAGAUUGCAAAACUUGAAGCGGAGCUGGAAGCACAGCAUAAUGAGCAGCUAGCCAACAUAAAACCCAAAUCUGAGGAAACAGUUACAGAAAAGACAGAUGAAGAUGCUGACAAAGGUACAGAAGAGGAACUUUCCAGCCAAACCACCACAGGGAAGAAGUCAAAGGCCCAGAAAAGAAGG